AUGACUUCUAUACCGUCUGAUAUAAAACUACCGCCAUCUGAUGUCAAACAAACAAUUGAUAAAACAGUAGGCUAUGUUAUUAAAAAUGGAAAAUCUUUUGAAGAACGAUUAUUGAAAAAUAAUAAAAAUGAUAAAUUCACUUUUAUUAAACCAGAUAAUGAAUAUUUUCCUUAUUAUAAAUGGAAAUUAGAUACGUCAAAGAAAAAUCAAGGGCUGACUGAAACGUCAACUGAAAAUCAACACCAAGAAGAGGAUAUAAUAAUAGCAAAACCACCAGAUUUACCCUUUUUAAUAGAUUUACCCAUUAUUUCACAACACGAUUUAGAUGUUAUUAAGAUAACGGCGUUAUACAUUGCUCAAAAUGGUGAAUCAAAAAUCCCAAAAUUAUUACAACAUGAAACUAAAUUGAAUAAUCGAGCUCAAUUUGAGUUUUUAAAUGAAUCUCAUUCUUUACAUGGUUUAUUUCAAAAAUAUAUUCAACAAUAUAAAAUCGUGAUUGAAUUGUAUCAAAACUCUCAUGGCGAAAACGCAGACCAAGACCAAGAAUAUCUUCAAUUGCGACAAUUAAUAAAGAAACCACGAGGAGAAUAUGAUAUCUUAACCCAAGCAUAUAAUCGGGCCCAAUAUAUAAAGCAAAAUAAAGUGAUUGCCAAGAGAGAACAAGAAGAGUCCAAAGCUCGACAAUUACAUUAUGCACUGAUUGAUUGGCAAGAUUUUUCAAUAGUUGCUAAAGUUGAUUUUAAUGCUAUUGAUGCGGUUAAAGAAUUGAGUAUGCCGUUAAAACGAGAUGAUUUGAUAAAACGAUCAUUGGAUGCCAGAAGUAAAGAUAUUGAAUUACCAAAAGUAGCAGUGGCGGCGACAACAACAUCACCAGUACAAGUUGAAGUAAUUGAUACCAAGAACCAAGGUCUGACCCAAGAUCAGACUGAUAAUAAUACAUCUACUCCAUCUGCACCACCAAUCAAGGGAAUGAAAAUUAAAGCUGCUGGAACUUCACGAUUGAAAAAAUCACUGGAAGCAAACACUUCAAUGACGACGACAAAUACGAUUAAAUGCCCUAUUACAGGUAAACUAAUUCCAGAAAAUGAAUUUGAUACACAUAUAAAAACCUUGUUACGUGAUCCAAGAUAUAAAAAAGAACAAGAAAAUUAUAUACGGAAGAAUUUCAGUUAUGCGUCCAAUAUUACAACUGAUCAAGUAUAUGAAAAUAUUAAACGAUUUGUGAAGAAAAGAGCUAAUGUUGAAGAUGAAAACCCAAAAAAGAAAAAGAAAGCUUAG